GGAGUAUGCCUCCAUUUGAAUCAACUAAUGGCAUGUUCAAAUUCGCUUACACAUACUUAACUUAUGGCCGUUAAUGUCUUUCGGCGACUUUAUCCCCACAAAUACUGACUGAAUCUACUUCCGUGUUCUAACUGUUCGAGUUUGUUCCCGACACCAACCGGUAUUUUUCGUUGAGGUUCAUCAUUAAGCCGUGUUCAAUCUGGGUUCAUAAGGCGUGUUUAAUCUAGCUUUUCUUUGUCUAUCAUAUAGACAUUCAACGUUCCGCCAAGAUGACGAAUAUCGCUAUGGAAACAGCCGGUAUGUCUUCAUCUUCUGUAGAUUUCAAUAACAUGAGUGAUACCAUGGAUUAUUCUCGAGACCACGUGUGUAAUGCAUCCUCUGUGCAGGCUUUUGUGAACACCCUCAUGCAACCCAAUCAGACUUGGUUUUGGGUCUAUCUAGUGCUCUUCAUCAUCUUUACGUUUGGUUCAGGCCUGUACUCGGCCCUCACAACCAGCUUCUUCUCCCAAGACGUCACCAGACUCGAGGUAUGUCUCCGCCAGGGUUGUCCGAGCGAAAGGGACUACGCCACCCGGGUCAUGCGGCUUCUGAAGUACCCCAAUUUGCUGAUCGUUACCCUCAAUAUGGGGAAUGUAGCCGCCAUCGUGUGCCAGCCCAUCGUCCUUGCUUACAUCAUAAGCCCGGCAUUGUCCAUCCUGGUGUCGGCUGUGACCGUCUUUAUCUUCAAUAAGAUACUCCCACAACUGAUUGGCGACCGGCAUGGCCUAGUCCUGGCAGCUAAUAUGACAUGGUUUGUCUAUCUGUCUAUUGCCGGUUUUUUCAUCUUGGCUUGUCCCGUCGCCAUGCUACUAUCAGUAGUUCUUGGGAAAAGAAAAGAUAGAUUCUACGAGAGAUCGGAACUGAAGGCCCUGAUAGAACUUCAGAUGACGUCCCCAGACGCCGCAGCUGAGCAACACACCCUGAGUCCUCAUGAGGUCCUCAUCAUCAAGGGCGCACUGGAUGCUGAGAGUAAGGUUGCCAUGGAUGCAAUGAUACCACUGGAUAAGGUCAGCAUGCUGGACUAUGAUGGUGUCUUUGAUCGCAAAACCAUGCACAUGCUUGCAUCACAGAAGUUCUCUCACGUUCCAGUCUACAUGAACCAUCGUAAAAACAUCAAAGGCGAGUUCGUGGUCAAAGACCUAAUCCUCCUGGAUCCCAAUGACAAGGGGCUGAUCUCACAGUCUUUUGAUAGAUACGGUCGGUCCCUCAACUUUAUCCCGUCUAAUCGACCCAUCUAUGAUAUCUUUGAUGAUAUGAAUCUUGGGCGUUACCGAAUUGCCGCCGUUUUCGACACUCAUACCGGAACCGUCGUUGGUUUCCUGACCCUUCAGAACGUAUUGGACGUGAUCUUAGGACAGACUCGAACCCCAGGCCACCAGGACUCCCUGAGUAAGACGAAGGCGGUCCAGUCAUGGAGGCAGCUUGCGAUCGAACGCCGCAAAUCACUUCCCACUAGCAAUGCCUCCGAGGACUCGAAUCGUCAACUGACAGAGAAUACCCCUUUAUAUGAAGUGCCAUGACCUUGAAGAUGGGAAGGAUUUUUUUAAAGACCUCACGCUAGUUUUACUAUGUUCUAACAUGGAUGGGAUGCCGCCAAGAAGAUAGACACAAGAUUUUGAGAUGGUGCAUCUUCCAAAGACAUUUUCACCUCUUUUACACGGGGAACGAAAAAUAAAAAACUUUUCUGCCAGGAGGCAUAGCUGAUAUUAAAUAAUGAUGUAACCGUUUAUUUCGUGGGUAGGGACUGGAGGCUUCAAUUCACUUACAAUUCCAUUUAUUCAUUUUAUAGAAUUAUUAACAAAACUAAGUUAACCCGUCGACUUUUGAAUUAUCUAAUUCCUAUAGACUUAACACAGGGACCACUCGGUUCCAGUAAAGCAAUGGGUAAAUAUAUACGUUAGCAGAGAGAGAGAGAGAUGGAAAGGAUUUAAUACUAUGGAACGCUAUACACAAACGACGGCACAGUGAUGAAGCCUGGAUUUGCCUCUGAGGGAGAUAAGGGGUUGAUUUACCCUCUAUUCCAAAUACCUGUCGGGUGUUCGGAAAAUAAGAAUUGUUAUAAACAUGGGUCAGCAGAUUAAAGCCUGAUAUUAUGUAUAUUGCAACGAAAAUUCACAUCCCCUGUCUGUUUUAUUUACCCAUAGGCUAAUUUAGUCCAGCACCCUAUCACCCUCGUCCACGGUAUAAAUGGAAUAUGCCCCUUUUCAGGUCUUAAACUGGAAUUAAAUGGGCACCUUUUUCGAAAUAAUGUUACAUUUAUAUUUUUCACUUGUAUAGCGCCAUCUGGAAGUGAACACUGUACGUGUAGGACAAAGUAUGUUGUUUCAGCUUUGGGAUCUAAAACACUAUUCCAUUUCCAUUUACGUUGUUUGGGGCAUUUGAAACGACCGAUAAAGACAAACAUCAUUAUUAUCUGUAUAAUAUAUAUAUAUUUGUUUUAAUUAGAUAGGAAAUUUAUUAAAGUUGCUUGCAAUUGUGGCAUUUCCCUAAGCCUGUCAAUGCAAACGCACAAGCCAUAUUUUUAAAGCAAAUUAUGACUCUCCUUGUCUCAUAACUAUCCAAUAAAUGUUAUUCGAAACAGUUUCAAGUGGAUUCCUUUGAUUUUAAUUUUUAUAUGUUUCACUGGAAAGAAUUGAGAUACACAUCUUGAUGAGAUGAGAUGAGAUGGUAAUCCACAUGAUCAGUUUAGGGAUAGGUGUUUCUGAACGUUUAUUACACACAUUUCAAAGUCCUAUCUGUAACUCUGACACUCUUUUAGACAAAUUACGAAUGUGUCUUCCUUCGUUGGCGAAUAAAACUUUGGCCUACAUUAUUAUUCAAGCGUGGGGGCAAAUUAGAUCCGAUUCCACCCCCCCCCCCCCCCAUAUAAGAAAAUAACCGGCGGCGCCCCUGACUGCCUUUGUAGCACUGUCGAACUCGUCAAUAUCUCUUGCAACAAAUUUAAGAGUGAAUUCGAUAAUUUACCUAGAAAUUGUCAUUUAAAGAGAAGGUCGAGAUGCUUGACUAUGCACUAACAUGACAGGUGACCACCCCCCCCCCCCCCCCUCCCCAUGAAGACAGACAUGGUGCGCAUGGGCAACUAAUUUUGAUAAAGGUUGAGAAAGAAAACAAAAUUGUUAGCUUUUUCUCAUUCUCUUUAUGUCACUUUGGACGAAUCUUAUAUUAAAAAUAUUUCCCAGUAAAGGACCCUCAAAUGGGAAAUAUGACGAGAAAUAACCGACUCUUUUUAAACCACACAUAAUAUGCCACUUUUGUGCGUGUUAGCGUAUAAUUAUAGUUACCAUAAUAGACCUACCGAUUUCUGUGUACUAUUAAAUCGUGUGAUUUUGCAGUAA